CAGGCAUCAUCUCACCUCAAACUCAUUUCAACAUGGUCAGCCGUCUUGAACACCCAGCCGGUGGCUAUAAAAAAAUCUUUGAGUCAUGUGAAGAGUUAGCUGAGCCCAUUCCUGCUCAUGUCUCAGGCAAUAUCCCUGCCUGGCUCACUGGCAGUCUGCUCCGUAUGGGCCCUGGGCUCUUUGAGAUUGGAGAUGAACCUUUUUACCACCUUUUUGAUGGUCAGGCCCUCAUGCACAAGUUUGACCUGAAAGAUGGACAUGUCACUUAUUACCGCAGGUUUAUCAGAACUGAUGCUUAUGUGAGAGCCAUGACAGAGAAAAGGAUUGUGAUCACAGAGUUUGGCACCGCUGCAUAUCCAGAUCCAUGCAAAAACAUCUUUUCCAGGUUUUUUACUUACUUUCAAGGCAUUGAGGUGACGGACAACUGCCUUGUCAACAUCUACCCUAUUGGUGAGGACUUCUAUGCCUGCACGGAAACCAACUACAUAACCAAAGUUGACCCUGAUACCCUAGAAACAAUAAAAAAGACUAUAGUGAUCAUCUGUGGCCCUCUUUCUUUGAUUGACAGGCAUGAUUUUGUGUAUAAUUACCUAUAUUUGGCAAACGUGAGGCAAAACUGGGAGGAAGUCAAAAAAGCAGCCAUAAGAGCUCCACAGCCAGAGGUGCGGAGAUACGUGCUUCCACUGGACAUCCACAGGGAAGAGCAGGGAAAGAAUUUAGUUUCGCUUCCAUACACCACAGCCACAGCUGUCAUGUGCAGUGAUGGAACCGUUUGGCUUGAACCUGAAGUUCUUUUUUCUGGACCGCAUCAAGCUUUUGAGUUUCCUCAGAUUAACUACAAAAAAUACUGUGGGAAAAAUUACACCUUCGCUUACGGACUUGGGCUAAACCACUUUGUUCCAGACCGGAUUUGCAAGUUGAAUGUGAAAAGCAAAGAAACGUGGAUAUGGCAGGAGCCAGAUGCCUAUCCAUCCGAACCACUGUUUGUGCAAAGCCCUGAUGCUAAAGACGAAGAUGAUGGUGUUCUUCUGAGUAUUGUAGUGAAACCAGGAGUCACGCAGAGGCCAGCGUUCCUCCUCAUACUCAAUGCCACUGACCUGACAGAAAUAGCACGUGCAGAGGUUGAUGUCAUGAUUCCUGUCACUCUUCAUGGCCUGUACAAACCUUAGAGGAUCAGAAUCAUGACAUUGCAUUUCAGUAAACAGAUAAUACUUUCAAAUUUGACAUUUUUUUAUAAUACAUGUAAAAUCAAUGUUAUUGUUGCUCAUUUAAAUGGGCCAGUUAUAUGACCUGAUAUGCUUGUAAUGCAACAGCUUUUUGAGAACGUGUACUAUAGGAAAUACUUUUUUU